GUCUCUCCGCCUGUUAAGGAGCGAGCAUGUCCCAUUUACCCGCGACAUAUUAUACACCAGUGUUUCAUAAAUAUCAGGCUGUUUGUCAAAGACGUGAGGCUUAUCCUAACAGGUCAGGAGACAAUGAUGAGCCUGACUCCACUAUUUUGCCUGCUGUCUUUUCAACUUCCUUUUGUUUUUCCUGCAAGAAACAUCUCUCUGAAGUGCGUGCAAGAUACUGAUGAAUUCCUUUCUGAUCUGAAUUCAGUGAAGCCCAAAGAAUACGCCCUAAGAAUGUAUGACUCUCUGGGGAAGCUUGGGAGCAACACUUUCAAUGGAAACAUGGACAGGCUGGGAUCAUACAUGGAGUGUCUUUCCACCCAUGCUCCCAAGGGGAACUUCCGAGGGCAGUACUGCAAGCUUCAUAUACUGCAGGAUGGGGCUGACUACAGUGUGGGCGUGUGUGUCCCUGAUUCUUGUGCUGAAGAGGAUGUGACUCUGAUGUCUCGGCUGGAUACUUUAAGAUUCAGAAAUACUUCAUUUUUGGCCCCUUCCCUCUUUCUUUUUACAAUAAAUUCUUCCUCCUUGUCUGGUGGGAGUGUGACCAGAUGUGCUGCUGGAAACAUCCCCCUGGACACAUUUGCUGCCGUGUGUCUGUUCAUCACCUUGCUGGGUCUCAUCCUCCCUCUGGCUGGAACAGUCUGCGUGGCAGCUAGGGAAUGGGGGUCAGCCUGCAGGACAUCGCGGGAACACGGGGAACCUCUGGCCACUUACGGGAGUCUGCCAUUGAGCGAGGCGGAGAAUAAUGAACAAAGAAGCAGAAUCCCACGGACACACUGCCCGGCACAUCUUCUCCUGUCAGCAGCCUCCAGCAGAGGAAAAAGGUUUCUAGGAGCCGUGGCUCAUGCUCUGGAGUGCUUUUCUUGGCAGAAGAAUGUGCCAGCCAUCUGGACUACAAAGACACCAGGUGGCACCUGCUCUGCACUGAAUGGCAUUCGUGUCUUGAGUCUUCUUUGGAUCAUCUCGGGACACACCAGUCAGAUGACUGCAUGGCUGUCUUUGGAUAAUGUGCUUGAACGGAACAGCAGAGUGCUUAGAAACCCACUGUAUGUUUACUCUCGGAGUGGUCCCUUCUAUCUUGGAGUUGAUACAUUUUUCCUGAUCAGUGGUUGGUUAAGUGCAAGGUCGUUUUUAAAGAUGCAUCAGAAUUCAGACAAAGGAGUAACCUCCAAAGGCAUACUCAGAUACUUUCUCAGUCACCUGGUAAGGUUGCAGCCUCUUCACCUGUAUUCAGUGUGCUUGUUGGUUGGACUGUUCUCUCUUGUUCCCUGGGGACCUGUCUGGGAAGUGCCCAAAUUCCACUGGGAUAACUGCCAGCAAGCAUGGUGGAUGAAUCUGCUAUUGCUAAAUAACUUUGUGUCGGUCAAGAAUGCGUGCAAUGGCUGGACCUGGUACCUUGCCAAUGACUUCCAGUUCCACCUCACCACACCAGUGAUUAUCUUCAUCCAUGCAAAGAGUACACAGAUCCUCAUCCUCCCUGGGGCCAUGCUGUUCUUGGCAUCUUUCACAGCCACUGCUCUGAUCACAUUGGCAUAUAAACUUCCUGUCGUGGCUCCAUCAGAAACCAGUGAAGAGGCGAUUGUAUUGUAUUUCGUGGAGUACUACACAAAGCCCUACUGCCGAUUUGGGCCAGUUCUUGUGGGCCUCUUUCUGAGCAUUUACAUGCACCAAAACCACCAGGAAAACAUUCUCAGAACCAAGAUGCAGGUCCUGCUGGGGUGGAGCUGCUCCCUGGUCACCCUAUUUGCGGUGGCCGCUCUGGCAUACAUGGUGGAUGACUCCUCUGCUUCCUCUCUAGCAGCUGCAGCUCUCUACCAAGCCCUCCACCGGACCCUGUGGGCGGCGGCUGUGGGCUGGGUCCUCUUUGCGUGCCACGGAGGAUAUGGAGGUCUGGUGAACCGUGUGCUUUCUUGGGACAUCUGGAGUUUCCUGUCCAGCAUCAGUUAUGCUCGCUACUUGGUGCAUCUGAUUCUGAUCAUCCUUUACAAUGGUCUUCAGGAAACACUUAUUCACCACACUGACACCAACAUGUUCUAUCUUUUCUCUGGACACCGUGUGCUGACCUUCGUCACUGGGCUGACCCUGACGCUGUUCAUUGAGAAACCAUGUCAGGAACUGAAGCAGAGCCUGCUGGGCCAUGAAUGUUCUGGUUAAAACACAAAAGAAUGGAUGGGCCUUGUUGGUAAUGACGAGCAAAGAUGAGGUGGCCUUAUCUGGCGAUGAAUGCUUGCAUUCCUGAGAAGGGGUGUGAAUCUCAUUUUGUGAAAGUUUAAUAUAUACAUGUUCUUUGCAUUUAAUAUGUGAAAGAGUUCUUAGUGCUUAUGAUGUAAGAGAGUUCUCUACAUUUUUAGUAGCACAGUAAUAAACUUCUGUUGUACCAUUUUAGCAAACAACAACAACAGAAACUGGAUUUCUUUUUGGUUUAAACUGCAUUUGAUUGUCUGUAUCAAUGAUCACAGGAAAUGAUUAAAUGUCGGGCAUUUAAUGUAAUUUGGGUUAUGAAGCUCAUUUGGGUUAUGCUCUUCGCUUUUCUCUGUAAAAUUACAACAUGCAGUAUGCACUUUCCCACAACAGAAUUGUUUAGGUGUUAUUAUGGCAUCUUUGCAGACUUGUAACUUUAUCCUAGAACCUCAGUGGUAUGACCCGCUAGCAUGCAUACUUCAUGGGUCUGUCAUUAUAGGGCCUUUCAAAUAUCACCUAUUCUUCACCAUAGUCCCUGUUUUGGACUGAAUGGUAUCCCCUCCCCCAAAAGAUCUGUUGAAGUCCUAACUCCCAUUGCCUCAGAAUGUGGCCUUAUUUGGAGCCAGGGUCUUUAUAGAGAUAAUGAAGUCCAACGAGGUCACUGGGGAUGGAGACUCUAAUCCAGUAUGACUGGUGUCCUUAUAAUAAGCAGAAGUUUGGUCACGGAGACAGGCAUGCACACAGGGAAGACGAUGUGAAGACCCAGGGAGAAGACAGUCAUGUGCAAACCCAGGAACACCAAGGCAAACCCCAGAAGCCGGGGGAGGUAAGGACGGAGUCUGCCCUGGAGCUGCCCGAGAAAGCAUGGCCCCGUGGGACACCUCGAUUUUGGACUUCUGGCCUCCAGAACUGUGAGAUAAUUCAUGUCUGUUGUUUCAAGCCACCCAGUUUUUGGUACUUUGUCACAGCAGCCCUAGAUAGAUGGAUAUCCCUAUGCACCAACAUAGGGCCUCAACAAAAACUAACAGAGAAGGAAGAGACCUCAGCCAGUGGCUUCUAGCCCAACCCCCUCAAUUUGCAGCGAUGAGACCUAGAGAUGAGGAGAGACUCGCAAGGCCAAACAGAGAUGCUGGGAUCCAGGCUCUCGGAUGUGUGUUUUUUCUAGGUGUAUAAUUAUGCAUUAACGGUCUACAGUUAUGGAUUAAUUAAGUCCAUUCCAUCGCUUAUAAUAAAGCUCUUUGUGUACUUACUCAUUCAAGUAUUAACAACCGCAGGCUACAGGGUCCUUAUUAGCGUGGGAUGCGCCACAUCUGAGGAUGCUCUUUGCUGUCCAGUGCGUUUGCAAAGAUGACCAAUGUGGGUGGGGAGGGGAAGGCUGAACGUUUCACACACUCUGAUGGCCACGGACAGCUAACCUUGGCCUUGCCAGCCAGCCACGGGGAUCAUCUCCCUGAGGAUGAUGAGAUGAGAGACCUCAUCUCCCUGAGGUCUGGUCCCUCUGCUGCAGAAGCCAACCUGAGGGAGUGGGGCGCCAAGGCUCAACAGCCGCGCUGUAAGAAGGCAGCCUGAUUGGCUUUUCAGUGAACGCCGAAGUUCAUCGAGUUCCUCGGGAGCCCCCUGGUGGCUUCUUUGGCACCUGAACCCUCUCACUUAGGCCU